AUGUCUUCCAGAGAAAAUGUCACAGCAGUAGAACUCGAUCGUCAAUUAGAUCAGUUUAUCGACACACUAAUUGAAAAAAAUAAAGCAGAUCCACAGCCGCCAACUGAAAUUAAUGACGAUUGGUGGAAUGAUCUACAACGACAUCCAUUUUUUCUAAAAGAAAUGCCAGAAGAUGGAAGUGAAUUACAUCCGGCAGUAGAAGCGUUACAAGCGUUAAAAUGGGACGAUGUUGAUGAUACACCGAAAGAAAAGGCUGAAAAAUUUAAAGAAGACGGCAAUUAUAUGUUUCAAUUGAAAAAGUAUAAAAAUUCCAUUAUAUCCUAUACAGAGGGUAUUAAAAUACGUUGUACUGAUUCUCAAUUAAAUGCAAUAUUAUUUUGUAAUCGUGCAUCAGCCAAUUACCAUUUGGGAAACUAUCGUUCGGCUCUUCGUGAUUGUGUUUUAUCACGAAAAUGUAAAUCUGAUCAUAUUAAAGCAUUUGUGAAGGGUGCUGAAGCUUGUAUGAAAUUACAAAUGUAUAAAGAUGUUCAAUCAUGGUGUACGGCUGCUUUGUUAAAAGAACAAGAACGUGAUGAACGAAAAAGACUUGUACGUGAUAGAAAAAAGAAGACAGAAGAAGAGAAAAUUUUAAACGCCAUCAAGAAUCGAUCAAUUCAUUUACAAACUGAUCCAAGUAUUGAUAUUUUUGAUCCUAAUUCAUCUCCACUUGGUUCUAGUAUUAAAUUGAAUGAUGAAGAUGACACAUUGAUAUUUCCAGUUGUAAUUUUAUAUCCAGAAUAUAGUCAAACAGAUUAUGUUAAAGAAUUUCAUGAACAGUCAAGAAUAUCCGAUCAUUUAAAUAUAAUCUUAGAAUCUCGACCUCCAUGGGAUACCAAUGGGGAAUAUACAUUAGAUCGUAUUGGGGCAUAUCGUCAUAGACAUGAAUUAAAGAAGAUCGAUCCAAAUGAAACUCUGUUAAAUGUAUUAAAAAUGCCCGGGUACGUACGAGAUUUUCAGAUUUUUCAUUUUAAUCAUUAG